ACUGACACGUCAUUAGCUAAACAAUCAUGGCGGAUGUUCUCUCAUUCCUACUUGUAUUUGCUGUUUCGUUUGUAGCAGUUGUUUUAGGUGUACAUGUUACGGAAUUAGAUACAAACUGGUCUAUUCUCCUUGGUAUUGUUGUAUUUUUCAGUAUUUUGAGUGUAUGGAGUUUCAGAGGGUGCCGUCAGGAUAAACAUCGCCAUGUCUGUGUGCUUGUGUUGGGUGAUAUUGGACGUAGUCCCCGCAUGCAGUACCAUGCAAUCUCUCUGAGCAAGCAUGGAUACAACGUCUCGUUUGUUGGUUUCUUUGGUACCAAACCGCACGAGGAAGUCAUUGCAAAUGAAAAGAUAACAAUCAUCCCAAUAUCUGAAGUCAAAGGGCUUCAAGUUGGUCCCAAGAUUCUAAGAUACAUCACCAAAGUGGUUAUGCAAUCUCUGCAGCUCCUGUAUACACUGCUGAAAAUCGACCACCACUCCCAUGUUCUCAUGCAGAACCCUCCUGGAUUGCCAAGUAUUGCUGUUGCAUGCUUAGUAAGUAUUUUGCGUGGGACCAAAUUCAUUAUCGACUGGCACAACUAUGGAUACACAAUAAUGGCCCUCACUCAUGGACAGAGACAUCCUAUAGUCCAGGUGGCAAAAUGGUAUGAGAAGUUCUUUGGACGGUUUUCUAGUUAUAACCUCUGCGUCACCAAGGCCAUGAAGGAAGACCUCCUCAAGAACUGGAGCAUUAAGGCAACAACUCUAUAUGAUAAGCCCCCAUUAAUAUUUAAAGAGACGCCACUGGAACAUCAGCAUGAGCUUUUCAUGAAGAUGGCCAGGGUUUACCCACAGUUUAAGCAAUGUGGCGAGUCCACCAGUGAAGAUAUGGAGCGAACAGCCUUUACACAGCGCAGUGGAAACACUGGUGCUGUCAGUCCUGUUGCUAGGCGGCCCAUUCUUCUGUUGAGCAGCACCAGCUGGACAGAGGAUGAAGAUUUCUCAAUUCUGCUAAAGGCACUUGAGGAUUAUGAAGGGUUUGUGAAUGUGGGCGAGAGUCUACCAGAGCUGGUGUGUGUCAUCACAGGUAAAGGCCCUCAAAAGGAAUACUAUAAAAAACUCAUAGACUCCAAGAGUUUCAAUCACGUUAAGAUUUGCACUCCCUGGCUAGAGGCAGAGGAUUACCCUCGGCUGCUUGGUUCUGCUGAUCUCGGAGUUUGUCUGCAUAAAUCCUCCAGUGGCCUCGACCUUCCUAUGAAAGUAGUGGACAUGUUUGGCUGUUGCCUGCCUGUCUGUGCUAUACACUUCCAAUGUUUACAUGAAUUGGUAAAGCAUGAGGAAAAUGGAUUAAUAUUCCAGGAUUCAAAGGAAUUAACCGCACAGCUAAAGUUGCUGCUGUCUGACUUUCCGAGCACUGAGGGCAAACUGGGUCUCUUCAGGAGGAACCUGAGAGCCAGUGGACAGCAGCGCUGGGAGGAGAACUGGGAUCAGACUGUUCUUCCCAUACUAACAGCUGACAACAGAUAACCAACCAAAAGAGACAUUAUUUCUACAGACCAAGGAAAAUAAAUGUUUUUUUUUUGUUGUUGUUCUAUCAGAACAUCACUAUAUGUUUAGUUUUUCUCUGACAACAUCCAGUGAUUUUUUUAUUUAAACAUAAGGUCGACAUAUGUGUAUGUGUGCCAUAUGUGUAAA